CACGGUUCCUCGGAUCCCCGGGUCUUCUGGCGCCGCCGUGCGACGAGCAAUUUUAUGAUCCGUGAUCUUGGUGAAUGCCGGGCCCGCGCGGGUAUUGUUCAUUUAAACAAAAAGUGAACCAGGUGGGUGGUUAAACUAAUGUUUGCGUGAAAGACAACAAGAAGACAUCAAGAAUGACGGAUGCGGGCUUUUUCCGGGGGACAUCUGCUGAGCAGGAUAACCGCUUCAGUGACAAGGAGAAGAAAAUGAUGAAGCAGAUGAAGUUUUCUGAUAACUUAACAAAAAAGGUCGACAUGACCCGCGUGAAGCUGGACGUGCUGAAGCCCUGGAUCACGCAGAGGAUAACCCAGCUACUCGGCAUCGAAGAUGAUGUGGUCAUCGAGUUUGUCUUCAACCAGUUAGAGGAGCGGAACCCAGACCCGCGCAAAAUGCAGAUAAACCUAACUGGGUUUCUGAAUGGCAAGAAUGCUCGAGUGUUCCUGCACGAGCUGUGGGGCCUCCUCAGUUCGGCGUCGCUCAAUCCCAGCGGAAUUCCCGACAGCUUCAUCGAGCAGAAGAAGGAAGAAAUCAGGAAACGAAACGAGGACCAGGCGCGGCUCGAGAUCGACAUCCGGCGCCAGGUGGAGGCAGAGCGCGCCCGCGUCGAGAAGGAGCUCAACGUCAGCAAGGCGCGCCGCCAGUCGCGAUCGCGCUCGCGUGAGCGCGCCAGCCGGCGGCGGCGGCGCAGCACCCGAAGCCGCAGCCGCUCACCGCGCCGUGAGCGCGCCGCCGAGCCGGCUGUAAAGCCAGAGCCGGAGCGACCGGCAGAGGCCGAGAACGGCGCGGCAGCGGCGGCAGCGGCAGCGGCAGCGGUGACUCAUCCGCGCGAGGGUGCUGCCGACGUUCACAUGCAGCCUGCGGCGGGAGAGGCCGAGCCAGCUGCCGCAGACGUACCUGAGGAGGAUCAGGAGAGCCGGCUGGUGGAGACAGCCGGCGACCACGACGCCGAGGCCAAGCAGAGCCAAGAUUUCGAGAUAAAGAAGAAAGAAGACACCGUGCAAAAGAAAAGAAAAUACCGUUCGAAUAAGGAGUCAGAUGAAGACAACGAAAAGAAGCGAGACCGGUCGCGCGGCGGCCGGGAGCGGUCCCGCUCGCGGGAUCGGCGCCGGCCGGAUCGCUCCGGUUCGCGCGGUCGGGACCGCCACGCCCGGGACCGCGACCGCGACCGGGACCGGCGGCGGGACCGGGAGCGGGACAGGAAGCGCGAGCCGGUUCGGCGCGAGCGGGAGCGCGGCCAGCGGUCCUCGCCUCGGCGUCGCUCUCCCCGCAGACGCUCGUCCGACGAGGAGAGCGAGUCCGAAGAGUCGUCGGCGAGCGCGGCGUCCGACGCCGAGCCGGCACGGAGCCGCAAGAAGGCGGCGUCGAGCAGCUCUGAAGAGAGCUCCAGCGAGGAGGAGCGGCCGCGCGGCAAGAAGAGGCGCCGCAAGAAGUCGGAAAGCCAAUCGGAGGAGGAGGAGGAGGAGGAUUCAGAGGCGGACCGAAAGAAAGGGAGGAAAAAGAAAAGCAAGCGCAGCAAAAAACGUAAGAAGCAAAAGAAUCGCCGUCGCGACUCCAGCGAAAGUGAGGAGAGCGAAGACGAGGACGAAGAAGAUGAAGAGGCUAAGGAGGAGACCAGGAAAGAUAGUCGGAAGGCGAAACCAGCCGAGAAGAGCGAGGACGACGACUCUUCUUCGUCAAGCGAGGAGGAGGACCUGGAGGAACUGGAGCGGAAGCUGCGCGAGAAGGCGCUGCGCUCGAUGAAGCGUCAGGAGGAAACCAAGGCGUCGGCCAGUGAGAGCGGCGGCAGCUCGUCAUCCGACGACAGUGAGUGA